GAGACGCUGCGGCGCGCACUCGCUGGCAUGUACGCGGGCCCCGGGGCGGAGGCCGCCACGGCGCGGCAGCGCGUGCGGGGCGUCCUCGCGCACAACAUGCACAGCGUUAACACAGCGCCGACCCGCUGCCCCUGGACGGCAGGCCGCCGGAGGCGGGCGGGCCGAUCGGGCUGUGGCCGACGGGCUCCCUGA